AUGGUGAAGCUUUUGGUGGUAGGGUUUAUUGUAGCUUGCUGGCUGAUACUAGGAACUCAAGCAAAUGAGUAUUUAGACUUCAAUGUAACAGAGAUAGACCGCAUUGAGGAACUAGAGUUUGGAUUCUCCAAGUAUAGCUCAAAUUUAGACCCUUUAUUAGUUGGUCUCACUCUUAUCAGAGGAGCAGACUCAGGAGCUGUUUGUUUGGAUGGAACAUUGCCUGGAUAUCACUUGCACCGUGGAGAUGGAUCUGGAGCUAAUAGCUGGCUCAUUCAAUUAGAGGGAGGAGGAUGGUGCAACAACGUCAGAACAUGUGUAUACAGGAAGAAAACCAGACGUGGAUCAUCUAACUAUAUGGAGAAAGAGCUUCAGUUUACAGGAAUACUGAGUGAUAAAGCUCAAGAAAAUCCUGACUUCUUCAACUGGAAUAGAGUUAAGCUUCGUUACUGUGAUGGUGCUUCUUUCAGUGGAGAUGGACAGGAUGAGGCUGCACAGCUUCAGUUUAGAGGAGAGCGUAUUUGGAGAGCAGCUAUAGAUGAUUUAAAGGCCAAUGGAAUGCGAUACGCGGACCAGGCACUUCUCUCUGGAUGCUCAGCUGGUGGUUUAGCAGCAAUAUUGCGCUGCGAUGAGUUCAGGGACUUGUUCCCUGAAUCCACCAAAGUCAAGUGCUUGAGUGAUGCAGGCUUGUUCUUGGACACAGCUGAUGUGUCUGGUGGCCGAACAAUCAGGAACUUAUACAAUGGUAUAGUAGAGUUUCAGAAUGUGAAGGACAAUCUGCCUCGUAUCUGCACAAACCAUCUUGAUCCAACUUCGUGUUUCUUCCCAGAGAAUCUGAUCAGUCAGAUGAAAACUCCUCUUUUUAUUGUCAACGCAGCAUAUGAUACAUGGCAGAUACAAAGCAGUAUAGCUCCAACAUCAGCAGAUCCCAGUGGAUUUUGGCAUGACUGUAGACUAAACCAUGAAAAAUGCACCCCUGGACAAAUGCGGUUCUUGCAAGGAUUCAGGGAUCAGAUGCUGAGAGUAGUGAAAGGCUUCUCAAUGUCUAGACAGAAUGGUUUGUUCAUCAAUUCCUGCUUUGCUCACUGCCAAACCGAGAGGCAAGAUACUUGGUUUGCAGAUGAUUCUCCUGUCAUCAGUAAAAAGGCUGUGGCAAUAGCCGUGGGAGAUUGGUAUUUUGAUAGAGCAGAAGUGAAGUUAGUUGAUUGUCCUUACCCUUGUGACAAGAGUUGCCACAACAUGGUGUUCAGAUGA